AUGAACAGUCUAAUAUUCUUCGUUCUUGUGGGACUGUCUGGACUCGCAAGUUGUGCUCCACCUGCUGUUGAUGAAUGUUCAGGAAAAUCUACUCAAUGUCCAAAUCCAGAUGGACCCGACUCAGUCUACAUUCCUCUUGAAGAUUGUACCAAAUUCUGUCAGUGCAGUAACGGCCAAGCAAUCCUCCACCACUGCCCAGGUAUUCUUCACUUCAACCCAGUUUUGAAUGUUUGCGAUUAUCCACAAGAUGCUGGAUGUGAAAAAUCAGGCAAUACAACUACUAGUGUUGCAACUACCACUAAACCAAGCCCAACUCCACUUCCCGUGACGACACCGGGAGGAGACAAAUGUGUUGAUGUUCUCCCAUGUGAUCCCGAAUGUGGUAGUGGUAAAACUGUAGUUGCUCUGGAAGAUUGUUCGGAAGCUUGCGAAUGUUCAAAUGGUAUUUUAAAUCUAAUAACUUGUUCUGAAGGUUUGCAUUACAAUGUUAAAGAAGAGAAGUGUGAUUUCCCAAACCUUGCAAAUUGUGAACCAGGUAAUAUUACUACCAUCAUUCCUACUACAACUACUAGCGUUCCUAUUACUACGCCCACUACUACUACAACUAAAAAACCUCUAGAUGAAUGUUCUGAGAAAUCUGCUCAAUGUCCAAAUCCAGACGGACCCGACUCAGUUUAUAUUCCUCUCGAUGAUUGUACCAAAUUCUGUCAAUGCAGUAACGGCCAAGCAAUCCUACACAACUGCCCAGAUGGCCUUCACUUCAACCCUGUUCUGAAUGUAUGCGAUUGGCCUCAAGAUGCUGGAUGCGGAAAUACAACUACCACCUCUGCUUCAACCACCUCUGCUUCAACCACCUCUGCUUCAACCACCUCUGCUUCUACCACAACAACCAGUGCUCCAGUUACCACACCAAGCACCACUACAACUCUUAGACCUGUAGAUGAAUGCACUGACAAAUCUGCUCAAUGUCCAAAUCCAGAUGGUCCCGACUCAGUCUAUAUUCCUCUCGAUGAUUGUACCAAAUUCUGUCAAUGCAGUAACGGCCAAGCAAUCCUCCACAAUUGCCCAGAGGGCCUUCACUUCAACCCUGUUCUGAAUGUAUGCGACUGGCCUCAAGAUGCUGGAUGCGGAAAUACAACUACUACAUCUGCUUCAACCACUUCUGCUCCUACCACAACCACCAGUGCUCCAGUUACCACACCAAGCACCACUACAACUCUUAGACCUGUAGAUGAAUGUACUGAGAAAUCUGCUCAAUGUCCAAAUCCAGAUGGACCCGACUCAGUCUAUAUUCCUCUCGAUGAUUGUACCAAAUUCUGUCAAUGCAGUAACGGCCAAGCAAUCCUACACAACUGCCCAGAUGGCCUUCACUUCAACCCUGUUCUGAAUGUAUGCGACUGGCCUCAAGAUGCUGGAUGCGGAAAUACAACUACUACCUCUGCUUCAACCACCUCUGCUUCUACCACAACCACCAGUGCUCCAGUUACCACACCAAGCACCACUACAACUCUUAGACCUGUAGAUGAAUGCACUGACAAAUCUGCUCAAUGUCCAAAUCCAGAUGGACCCGACUCAGUCUAUAUUCCUCUCGAUGAUUGUACCAAAUUCUGUCAAUGCAGUAACGGCCAAGCAAUCCUACACAACUGCCCAGAUGGCCUUCACUUCAACCCUGUUCUGAAUGUAUGCGAUUGGCCACAAGAUGCUGGAUGCGGAAAUACAACUACCACCUCUGCUUCUACCACAACAACCAGUGCUCCAGUUACCACACCAAGCACCACUACAACUCUUAGACCUGUAGAUGAAUGCACUGACAAAUCUGCUCAAUGUCCAAAUCCAGAUGGUCCCGACUCAGUCUAUAUUCCUCUCGAUGAUUGUACCAAAUUCUGUCAAUGCAGUAACGGCCAAGCAAUCCUCCACAAUUGCCCAGAGGGCCUUCACUUCAACCCUGUUCUGAAUGUAUGCGACUGGCCUCAAGAUGCUGGAUGCGGAAAUACAACUACUACAUCUGCUUCAACCACUUCUGCUUCUACCACAACCACCAGUGCUCCAGUUACCACACCAAGUACCACUACAACUCUUAGACCUGUAGAUGAAUGCACUGACAAAUCUGCUCAAUGUCCAAAUCCAGAUGGUUCCGACUCAGUCUAUAUUCCUCUCGAUGAUUGUACCAAAUUCUGUCAAUGCAGUAACGGCCAAGCAAUCCUCCACAAUUGCCCAGAGGGCCUUCACUUCAACCCUGUUCUGAAUGUAUGCGACUGGCCUCAAGAUGCUGGAUGCGGAAAUACAACUACUACAUCUGCUUCAACCACUUCUGCUUCUACCACAACCACCAGUGCUCCAGUUACCACACCAAGUACCACUACAACUCUUAGACCUGUAGAUGAAUGCACUGACAAAUCUGCUCAAUGUCCAAAUCCAGAUGGUUCCGACUCAGUCUAUAUUCCUCUCGAUGAUUGUACCAAAUUCUGUCAAUGCAGUAACGGCCAAGCAAUCCUCCACAAUUGCCCAGAGGGCCUUCACUUCAACCCUGUUCUGAAUGUAUGCGACUGGCCUCAAGAUGCUGGAUGCGGAAAUACAACUACUACCUCUGCUUCAACCACUUCUGCUUCUACCACAACCACCAGUGCUCCAGUUACCACACCAAGCACCACUACAACUCUUAGACCUGUAGAUGAAUGCACUGAGAAAUCUGCUCAAUGUCCAAAUCCAGAUGGACCCGACUCAGUCUAUAUUCCUCUCGAUGAUUGUACCAAAUUCUGUCAAUGCAGUAACGGCCAAGCAAUCCUACACAACUGCCCAGAUGGCCUUCACUUCAACCCUGUUCUGAAUGUAUGCGACUGGCCUCAAGAUGCUGGAUGCGGAAAUGCAACUACUACCUCUGCUUCAACCACCUCUGCUUCUACCACAACCACCAGUGCUCCAGUUACCACACCAAGCACCACUACAACUCUUAGACCUGUAGAUGAAUGCACUGACAAAUCUGCUCAAUGUCCAAAUCCAGAUGGACCCGACUCAGUCUAUAUUCCUCUCGAUGAUUGUACCAAAUUCUGUCAAUGCAGUAACGGCCAAGCAAUCCUACACAACUGCCCAGAUGGCCUUCACUUCAACCCUGUUCUGAAUGUAUGCGAUUGGCCUCAAGAUGCUGGAUGCGGAAAUACAACUACCACCUCUGCUUCAACCACCUCUGCUUCUACCACAACAACCAGUGCUCCAGUUACCACACCAAGCACCACUACAACUCUUAGACCUGUAGAUGAAUGCACUGACAAAUCUGCUCAAUGUCCAAAUCCAGAUGGUCCCGACUCAGUCUAUAUUCCUCUCGAUGAUUGUACCAAAUUCUGUCAAUGCAGUAACGGCCAAGCAAUCCUCCACAAUUGCCCAGAGGGCCUUCACUUCAACCCUGUUCUGAAUGUAUGCGACUGGCCUCAAGAUGCUGGAUGCGGAAAUACAACUACUACCUCUGCUUCAACCACUUCUGCUUCUACCACAACCACCAGUGCUCCAGUUACCACACCAAGCACCACUACAACUCUUAGACCUGUAGAUGAAUGCACUGAGAAAUCUGCUCAAUGUCCAAAUCCAGAUGGACCCGACUCAGUCUAUAUUCCUCUCGAUGAUUGUACCAAAUUCUGUCAAUGCAGUAACGGCCAAGCAAUCCUACACAACUGCCCAGAUGGCCUUCACUUCAACCCUGUUCUGAAUGUAUGCGAUUGGCCUCAAGAUGCUGGAUGCGGAAAUACAACUACCACCUCUGCUUCAACCACCUCUGCUUCAACCACCUCUGCUUCUACCACAACAACCAGUGCUCCAGUUACCACACCAAGCACCCCUACAACUCUUAGACCUGUAGAUGAAUGCACUGACAAAUCUGCUCAAUGUCCAAAUCCAGAUGGACCCGACUCAGUCUAUAUUCCUCUCGAUGAUUGUACCAAAUUCUGUCAAUGCAGUAACGGCCAAGCAAUCCUACACAACUGCCCAGAUGGCCUUCACUUCAACCCUGUUCUGAAUGUAUGCGAUUGGCCUCAAGAUGCUGGAUGCGGAAAUACAACUACCACCUCUGCUUCAACCACCUCUACUUCAACCACCUCUGCUUCUACCACAACAACCAGUGCUCCAGUUACCACACCAAGCACCACUACAACUCUUAGACCUGUAGAUGAAUGCACUGACAAAUCUGCUCAAUGUCCAAAUCCAGAUGGUCCCGACUCAGUCUAUAUUCCUCUCGAUGAUUGUACCAAAUUCUGUCAAUGCAGUAACGGCCAAGCAAUCCUCCACAAUUGCCCAGAGGGCCUUCACUUCAACCCUGUUCUGAAUGUAUGCGACUGGCCUCAAGAUGCUGGAUGUGGAAAUACAACUACUACCUCUGCUUCAACCACUUCUGCUUCUACCACAACCACCAGUGCUCCAGUUACCACACCAAGCACCACUACAACUCUUAGACCUGUAGAUGAAUGCACUGAGAAAUCUGCUCAAUGUCCAAAUCCAGAUGGACCCGACUCAGUCUAUAUUCCUCUCGAUGAUUGUACCAAAUUCUGUCAAUGCAGUAACGGCCAAGCAAUCCUACACAACUGCCCAGAUGGCCUUCACUUCAACCCUGUUCUGAAUGUAUGCGACUGGCCUCAAGAUGCUGGAUGCGGAAAUACAACUACUACAUCUGCUUCAACCACUUCUGCUUCUACCACAACCACCAGUGCUCCAGUUACCACACCAAGUACCACUACAACUCUUAGACCUGUAGAUGAAUGCACUGAGAAAUCUGCUCAAUGUCCAAAUCCAGAUGGACCCGACUCAGUCUAUAUUCCUCUCGAUGAUUGUACCAAAUUCUGUCAAUGCAGUAACGGCCAAGCAAUCCUACACAACUGCCCAGAUGGCCUUCACUUCAACCCUGUUCUGAAUGUAUGCGACUGGCCUCAAGAUGCUGGAUGCGGAAAUACAACUACCACCUCUGCUUCAACCACCUCUGCUUCUACCACAACAACCAGUGCUCCAGUUACCACACCAAGCACCACUACAACUCUUAGACCUGUAGAUGAAUGCACUGACAAAUCUGCUCAAUGUCCAAAUCCAGAUGGUCCCGACUCAGUCUAUAUUCCUCUCGAUGAUUGUACCAAAUUCUGCCAAUGCAGUAACGGCCAAGCAAUCCUCCACAAUUGCCCAGAUGGUCUUCACUUCAACCCUGUUCUGAAUGUAUGCGAUUGGCCUCAAGAUGCUGGAUGCGGAAACACAACUACCACCUCUGCUUCAACAACCUCUGCAUCUACCACAACCACCAGUGCUCCAGUUACCACACCAAGCACCACUACAACUCUUAGACCUGUAGAUGAAUGCACUGACAAAUCUGCUCAAUGUCCAAAUCCAGAUGGUCCCGACUCAGUCUAUAUUCCUCUCGAUGACUGUACCAAAUUCUGUCAAUGCAGUAACGGCGAAGCAAUCCUCCACAACUGCCCAGAUGGCCUUCACUUCAACCCUGUUCUGAAUGUAUGCGACUGGCCUCAAGAUGCUGGAUGCGGAAACACAACUACCACCUCUGCUUCAACAACCUCUGCUUCUACCACAACCACCAGUGCUCCAGUUACCACACCAAGCACCACUACAACUCUUAGACCUAUAGAUGAAUGCACUGACAAAUCUGCUCAAUGUCCAAAUCCAGAUGGACCUGACUCAGUCUAUAUUCCUCUCGAUGAUUGUACCAAAUUCUGUCAAUGCAGUAACGGCCAAGCAAUCCUCCACAACUGCCCAGAUGGUCUUCACUUCAACCCUGUUCUGAAUGUAUGCGACUGGCCUCAAGAUGCUGGAUGCGGAAACACAACUACCACCUCUGCUUCAACAACCUCUGCUUCUACCACAACCACCAGUGCUCCAGUUACCACACCAAGCACCACUACAACUCUUAGACCUGUAGAUGAAUGCACUGACAAAUCUGCUCAAUGUCCAAAUCCAGAUGGUCCCGACUCAGUCUAUAUUCCUCUCGAUGAUUGUACCAAAUUCUGUCAAUGCAGUAACGGCCAAGCAAUCCUCCACAACUGCCCAGAUGGCCUUCACUUCAACCCUGUUCUGAAUGUAUGCGACUGGCCUCAAGAUGCUGGAUGCGGAAAACAAGUUAACACAACUACUACUUCCACCACAACCACCAGCGCACCUGUUACUACAACUACUAGUAUAAGCACCACAACUACAGUUCCUUCUAGAGCUGUUUGUUUGGGACAGGAAAAACAUUGUCCUGCUGUUGAUGGUGAAUUCCCUGUUUACAUUCCUUUGCCAACUUGUACCAAAUUUUGCGAGUGUUCCAACGGUAUCCCUUAUGAAUUUGAUUGUCCUGCGAACCUUCAUUUUAAUCCAGAGUUGAAUGUUUGUGAUUAUCCAGAACGUGCUGGUUGUACAGGACUAGGAAUUUAGAAACAUGUAAAAUUUGUAAAAUAUAUAAAAAUAUGUUAUUAAUAUCUUUUAAAUAUAUGUUAUUUGUAAAUUUGUAUAGGAAAUAAAGAUGUUGAAAUAAUCA